AUGAACUCCGUCCGAAAAUCUUUCCGUACCCGCAAAUAUCUUUCACUUCAAGAGAAAGAAAACAAAUUACUGUCCACUCCUGAAUAUGUGAGAAAACGUCCAGACAUUGAAAAUCUAAUGGAAGAGGGCAAUUGUAGCCAGUGUGUGAAUCGUGAAGGGUUAAAAAUCACUGAUCAACCCCCCCAGAUUCGAAGACAGUCGAACCGGAGGACGUCCAUGAUUUCAACUCGAUAUUCAACAAAUAAUUGUGCCAAUUCUUUAAAUUCUUCCCUGUCUGUUGGCCAGCCGAAACGACAAUUGUCAAAAUCAGCUAGUGUCCGGCUAACGGUGAUAGAUGCCGUCGAUACCCUACGAAAAACGUUAAACACUUCUUUCUUUCUUCCAUUUUUUCUUUCUUUUUCUUUCUUCCCUUCUUUUUCUUUCUUCCCUUCUUUUUCUUUCUUCCUUUCUUUAUUUCUUCCUUUCUUUAUUUCUUCCCUUCUUUAUUUCUUCCUUUCUUUCUUUCUUCCUUUCUUUCUUCCUUUCUUUCUUUCUUCCUUUCUUUCUUUCUUACUUUCUUUCUUCCUUUCUUUCUUUCUUUCUUUCUUACUUUAUUUUUUCUUUAUUUUUCUUUCUUUCUUUUUUCUUUCUUUCUUCCCAUUUUUUUCUCUCUUUCCUUUUUUCUUUCUUUCUUCUCUCACUGAAUUUUAG